CAAGAAGCAUUGGUAGCAUAUUUUAACAUACCACUCAUUCCUAGCCAGUGAAAAUGUUCAAACUUCUCUUUCUUUUUGCUGUCCUGAUUUUGAGCAGCAAUGCUGCUGUACAAGAUUUUUGUGUAGCAGACUUAAAAGGACCAGAAUCCCCUGCAGGCUAUUCUUGCAAAACUGCUACAAAAGUCACAGUAAACGAUUUCGUUUUCUCUGGCCUAAGUGCAGCAGGAAAUACAUCAAAUAUAAUCAAAGCAUCAGUCACACCAGCAUUUGCAGCUCAAUUCCCUGGCCUAAACGGGCUCGGUCUCUCUGCAGCACGUCUCGACUUAGCCCCUAGUGGUGUAGUCCCAUUUCAUACUCACCCUGGUGCUUCUGAAGUCUUGCUCGUCGUCCAGGGAUCAAUUACUGCGGCUUUUGUUUCCUCAGCAAAUACUGUUUACUUAAAGACACUAAAGAAAGGUGAACUAAUGGUAUUUCCACAAGGUUUGUUGCAUUUUCAAGUGAAUGCAGCUGGUUAUACUUCUGUAGCUUAUGUGUUCUUUAGUAGCUCCAGUCCUGGCCUUCAAAUCACCGAUUUCGCAUUGUUUGCCAACGAUCUUUCUACUAAGUUGGUUGAGGCUACAACAUUUCUUGAUGAAGCUCAAAUCAAGAAACUCAAGGGUGUUCUUGGAGGCACUGGCUAACAAUGUGCUAGCAUGUACUGUGUUUGUUUCUUUUAUUCGGAGUUGUUAUUUUUGUUUCUUUGUUUUGGCAAUUCUUGGCAACUACGUUGUUAUUGUCUUUUGAUGAUUCUUUCUGUCAAUGCCAUGUUAUUGUGAGCUUAAUUACUUCUUUAACUUUUUCA